CAGUAUUUUCCGUUCCAGAAGAGUGGGUGUGUAACUCCCCAAUGGACACACUAGCAAGCAUGGCCAUUUUGAGCUAGCUAGCUAACGGCAACCAAGGUACGUAGCUAGAGCAGUACUACUAGUAGGAGACUGUGUAAGGAGGUCCCGUGGAGAAGCUGCUAGUUACAAUGGACGACUCGUGCAGAAUCAGGGUUGUGUGUCGUGUGAGGCCACUGAAUACCAAGGAGAAGGCUAAUAGUGACUUUGUGGUCAAGUUCCCCUCAGCCUCCACUGUCGAGCUCACUACACAUCAGAGGAAUCACUCGUACACAUAUGACCAUGUACUGAAUGAUACUAGCUCUCAACCCGAGGUCUACGCUGUGGCUGCCAAACCACUGGUGAAUGAUGUUCUAAGUGGCUACAAUGCGACCAUUUUUGCGUACGGUCAGACCUCCAGUGGAAAGACACAUACAAUGGAGGGUGAGCUGAUGAACACUGAAAUGAGAGGCAUCAUCCCACGAAUUAUCGAGGACAUGUUCAACCAUAUUUAUAGUAUGGACGCUAACCUCGAGAUACACAUCAAGGUCUCCUAUUUUGAGAUCUAUAUGGAGAAAAUAACAGACCUCCUCGACAUUACCAAAUCCAACCUAUCCAUUGGAGAAACUAAACGCAAAGUACCCUAUGUGAAGGGUAUUACCGAGCGUUUUGUGACAAGUCCUGAGGAGAUAAUAGCAGUACUGGACGAGGGGAAGGCCAACAGACACGUGGCUGUGACCAGCAUGAACGCCCACAGCUCACGUAGUCACGCUGUGUUCCUCAUCAGUAUCAAACAAGAGAACAAGGAGACACACAAAACACUCACUGGUAAGCUCUACUUGGUGGAUCUGGCUGGCUCUGAGAAGGUUGACAAGACCAAUGCUAUGGGACUCACCCUGGAUGAGGCUAAGACCAUCAACAAGUCUCUACUCUCUCUGAGCAACGUCAUAUCAGCUCUGGCUGAGGGAAAUAAACCAUACAUUCCGUACCGAGACAGCAAGUUGACCCGUGUCCUCCAGGAGAGCUUGGGGGGCAACGCCCGGACCACCCUCAUCAUCUGUGCCUCACCAAGUUCUUACAAUACGGCAGAGACCAAGUCUACACUCCAGUUUGGGGACAGGGCCAAGACCAUCAAGAAUCACGUGGCCAUGAACGUGGAACUAACUGCUGAAGAGUGGCGGAGGCGAUACGAAAAGCAGAAAGAGGCAAAUCAAAAACUAAAAACUCUUGUAGAAAAGUAUGAGGGUGAGUUGUCACGAUGGAGGGUCGGAGAGAGUGUGCCGGAAGCAGAGCAGUCCUCACGGAAAACACACACUACAGACGAUAACCCCUCCCCCCUACACUCCUCCACACAUCACACUGACCCCUCCCACAUGGGGGCGGGGCAGUUCAGAGCCACACCCACUCCGGAGAUGUCACGCUUGUAUGAGGAGGAGAAAGCUCGAAUGUGUCAACAAAUUGAUGAAAAGGAUGAGGAGAUCCAUAGCCAGGGGGAGAUGAUUGAGAAGCUAACCAUUCAAAUGGCAGAGAUGGAGGAAUCUCUGCACACCUCAGAGAGGGACACCACGUCCCUCCGUCAACAGAUAACAAUCUUUGAGCAAGAGCUGGUUAAUAGUCAGGACGAGGUUCACGAGGUCAUGCAUGCUUUGGAGCAGUUAGCAGUCUCCUAUGAUACCAAGGACAGAGAGAUUGAAUCCAUAGCAACAGAGAAACAACUGCUCCUUGAGGAAAUGGGCAGUCUACAGGAUUCAAUGGAGCAGAAGACGCAAGAGCUCAACUCGCUCAAGGACGUGAGUACAACAGAGUCACGUAAGAACAAGGAGAGAUUGUCGAGUCUGUUCUCUGACCUUCGUGAGAUUGGCACUGUCCUGGGUAACCAUGGCGACCUUCCUCUAGAGAGCUCCUCGGACAUCAUCACAGAUGAUGACUUUGCAAGAGUUCGUAUCCACUUGUCCAACCUCCGGUGUGAGGCACGGACCCUCUUAGAGCAGAGGAAUGUACUGGAGAAUGCCGAGAGGGAGGCCAGGGAUAAGGCCACUACUGUCAUCAAGGAACUAGGAGUAUGCAGACUAAAAAUAUCCCAGUACGAGGCACAGAACGAGAGCUUGUCUGUCCACCUUCGUGAGAGUGAAGGCAAGAAGAAAGAGCUGGAGGGAGCGCUGGUCACUCUCAAUGAGCAGCUGCUGUCCUUGAAGACAAAGGAACAUAUGCUGCUAGCAUCAGGGUUGAGCAGUGACGAAGAUGAGGAGGCUCUCGAGACAGAACCAUCAUUUGAAGUGGAGAUGGUCACUCAACUAAAGUCUCAGAUCAGCACCACUGAGGAGCUCAUCACCUCCAUGACUCAGAAAUAUAACGAUCAGUUGCUUGAGAUGGACGAACUUCGUUCAGAGCUUCUCCAGUCUCAGAAUUAUCAGAGAGAAGAGGAGCAGAAGUACUCCAAGAUACGACUGCAGAUGAGAGUCAAAGAGAGGUUGAGACACGAUCUAGGUGGUCUCACGGACACUGUGUCUCGUGAGCUGGAGCGACUGAAUGGACUGCGUCAAUCGUACAUUAGUCACAUGACCGCACGGCUGAAUAAGCAGACCAGCGAGGGGGACGAACUGCUCACUCCUGAUCGACGGGAAAUACAGUUCCUAGAAAGAAACCUCGAGGAGCUGUCCAGGACACAUAAGAAGACUGCCUCGGAGAACUCUGAACUCCAGAGGGAAAUCCCCCGCCUACACACUAUCCUGGCCGGCAAGAGUAGGCGUAUUGGAGAACUCGAGAGUCUACUCCAGGAAACAAAGAUGGCUGCCAACCAGGAGUAUGAACGGUUGAGAACUGAGAACGAGAAGACAAAACAAAACUUUAUGAAACGUCUCAAAGAAAAAGAGAAAGAAGCUCAGUCUGGGAGAGUGAUCAGGAGGCAAGGGCCAAGCAUCGUUCGACCAGUACCUCGUAAAGGUAAUGAAGUCUCAGCCAGCUCAUCCAGAGACGCAUUAUUAGCCGGAGCAGGAGUGACUGUGAUUGGUCAGCGCAGGAAACCACGGCAACUAGACACAGAUUCUGAUUCUAAUAUUUCUGACUCGGUCUACACCACGCCCCCGUUGUCAAGUAAGUAUGGCUUCCUGGCCCUAGCAACCGUUGGCCUUCUUUGUGUACUCGUGUACGGGAUAGUUAUAUAGUACGUGACACGGACUAUAAAACAUGAUCUAAUUAUUCAUCAAUCUUUAACAUUUUUUAAGCCUCUUUUUCCGUCUUUGUAUAUGUGUACAUUGCACGUAUGUAUAUUUAUUCAAAUCAACUCCACCAUUGAUUUUUGUGGUCACCAAUUGGCUUUCCGUUUGACAAUUCAAUCUCUUUAAAUACUAUAAUAACAA